AUGAGAAGUAUUUUACAGUGUACACCAGUAAUUUGUGAACAAGGACCAAGUGCUCCAUCUUCACCUACAAUUCCCGGUGGUUCUCGAUUAAGACGUCCUUAUCCGUUGAACGCCGAUGCUAUAGAACGAAUGGAUUUGCUAUCAGCAAGCUAUCUCUCAGAAAUGGACUGGAACAAGUUAUCUCCACUUAGUCCAAAUGCAACGAGUGACUUAGGAUCAAGUCCAAGAAGUUCAAUAAGUCUAGCUACUGACAGUCUUAGUCAGUGUUGGGCUUGUUUCAGGGAAAGUAAAAAGUCAAGCCUAGAAGGAGAUGGUGAUUCUGAUAUCUGCUCAAAAGACUUAUUAUCACCUUGCAUUUAUUCCCCCGCUCCUCUUAGUCCAUUCAGUGAUUGUACUGAACCACCAGAAACCCCGUUGUCCGGGAAUGGCAUCGGGAUAUCGCCUGCUCCUUCACCUUUACACUCAUUUCAAUCUUUGCACUUCAAUUUUGAUUCAUUACGAAGUUCGAGCUCACUCUCAGAUCGUGUUGACGAUAAUCAUCAUCAUCUUCUAGUACCUGAAUCAAGUCUUGAUCUACAAACCAGGGAAAGGAGUCAUUCCGAUGGCGAAUUUGCUGUGAAGGAAAAAAUGGAUACAUCUCCAGUGCAAUCUACCAUUUCGAUUCCUGUAACAUCAACUAGGCUUUCGUCUACAUCAGGUCAAUACAAAAAACGUUUACUGCAAAAGUACGAAAAGGAACAAGAAGAUAAAAAAGUUCAAAAAUGUGAAUCUAAUCAAUGCGCUCCAUUCGCUUCUUCUGCUUCUGAAAUGAAUCCUAAAACGGCAACACAGCCUUUUCCUCAAUCAUUAUUACCUUCAAAUGAACCAUUUGGUAGUCAACAACAGUUCAAUGCAUGGAUUCAGCAUCAAUUACUCACAUGGCGCAAUCAUUGGUACCACAGUUUAGGCAUUCCAGGUCCAGCUUUAGUGGAUGUUGGAGGACCACGUCUACUCACACUUCCUGACGACCAUACGCCCCGUGGAAUGUUGCGCAAUACAGUAUCACCUGAAAUAGGCAGUAACUUUGGACCGAUGAGAAUUAGAACAACCUGGCGUAGAAGUCGUUCAGAAUCAGAUGUCAACUCCGGAAAACAUGUCUGUCAACACUGUGGACAGGCAUUUGCACUGCACGAUAGACUUGCAAAGCACAUCGCUUCACGUCAUCGGGAUCGUUCAGCAUCAGAAAUUGGCGAGGAUAGUACUUCGAAAACUUAUAAGUGCACUACGUGUAAUAGGUCAUUUAGUAGAAGCGAUAUGCUAACAAGACAUAUGCGCUUGCAUACUGGUAUUAAACCUUAUGGGUGUCAAAUAUGUGGUCAAGUAUUCUCAAGAAGUGACCAUCUUAGCACCCAUCAACGAACUCACACUGGUGAGAAACCUUACGGAUGUCCUCAGUGCAAUUAUGCCGCUAGUCGACGUGAUAUGAUUACACGUCAUAUGCGUACACAUGUACGUCCACCUGGAUCACCUGAAUUCAAUCCAUUAGCGAUUAGUCAGUUAUCUUUGAAUCAGUCUGGUAGUCAAUUACAGCAAUCAGAUUCAAAUAGCGCUGGUUCACAGCAGAAUCUUACCUCGAUGGCAUCAAAUCAAUUAUAUGGGAAUCCUUUGAUGAUGCGUGCUGAUAAUGCAAUCACUGCAGCUACCGUAGUCACUACAACUGAGAUUAUCAGAGAUUAUCGGUUGCCGAUCUUGGAAAAUUUACCACUUCCAUCAGUCACAACAACAACACCACUAAUUGGACUGAACUUGCGCCCCAGCGCAUUCACUCCUCGAAAUAAACUGAUAACAUCAUUAUCUGUGACAACACCACCACAGACUUUGUCAUCUACAAGUUUACUCACUUUACCUAGUAAUAUUAAUAAUUCACUGCAGUUAUCACAUUCAUUUCCAUCGAGUCCAACUUUACGCCGUCAAACAAGCAUUGGUAGUUUUUCAACCUUAUCCUUUUCCUCCUCUUCCGAGUAA